UGCAAGAUGAUUACAACUUUUCUGUCCAACAAAAUAAAAAUCUUAGUGAUGAGCUUGAACUGUUGGGUCAGGAAAAAGAAAAUUGGAUUUCCAAACACGAAAAUUUGAGUAAGUCCUUACAAUCGAUUGACAAGUCUGAAGAACUUGAAAAGUUGAGGUCCAUCAAUGCUGCUUUGAGACUUGAGAAUCAGUCGUUGAAAAACACAUCACCGGUAAAUAGAUCAAUUUCUAAUCAAUCCCCAAAUCAAUCAGAUUUGCAAGCUAGAGCUAAUAACACCAGUGUCGCUACCUUUUUGGAGAAAUUGGAAAAGAUUGAUAUACCCACAGCUGACAAUCCCUCAACAUUGGAAUUGAAGAAGCAGGUCAAACAAUGGCAGCGUAGGUAUGAAGACUCCAGGUCAAAAUUCAUUGCCAGUGAAAUCAAGAAAACCACAUUGUCUGAGGUUGAAUUGAAGUCGUUUAUAUCCCCUCAAGGUUUAAUUUCGAUAAAGUUGGUCAGCGAUGCUCAAGCUUUGUUGGAGUCUUUUUUCGUGUAUAUCGCAGAAAGCUGGGAUGUUAAUGUGAUGUUUGAAAAAGUAUCAAAAAUCGCCGUGGUGAUGAAUGAAAUUGCUGCACAAGGGGAACAUCAAGUUCCAAAUAGUAACGAACAUUCGAUUUUGUUGCGAGAGGCUGCUUCAUAUGCGUUGACAGCUACUAGGUACCAUGCUACAUAUAAGCAGCUUUUCCCAAAAUUUAUUGUUGAGAAGGCAUUAGGAGAAAUGAACUGUGUGCUCUGUGACUUAAUUGCGACGUCAAAGCUUAAUGAAAAUUCGACAAACUUAAGGAAACUUGAACCAGAAAAGAAAGCUGUGGUUACACCUGCCCAAGUGGAUUAUGGAGUCAGACCACUAAAAAUGGCCAAUAAAUUGAAGCUGAGUAAUCCAAAUAUGAUUAAUGGAACUUAUUACCAAACACCACCUAACAAGCAGCAACAGCAAACUCCUCCACAAAAUAUACAGCGCUCCCCUCCACAAAAGAUUCGGCCAAUACUAUCGAGCACAAUUCAACAAUUACCCCCAGAGAGAAAAGAGUCACUUUCUAGAACAACGGAAGAACCAUUGGCGCAGAGGGUGACAAAUGAAUAUGCACAUGGUGAAGACAUAGCACAGCCAAAGCGGGUACAACAAGGUGAGCAGAGACAUGUAGACACUCUGCAACAUGAACCACUUCAGAAAGUAGAACAACUCUCUCCAGAAGUUUCAAGAAAACAACCAUCAAAUAAGGAGCUGCUGUCAGUGGACUCGAACACUCGCGCCACUCAAUUCCCAAAUAAAAAUUUUGAGAGCUUUACGGAGGAUCGUACUUUAACUGUUGAUGACCAAAAGCAAAGGAGUACAGACCCAUCGAUCUCAGAGAGGAAACCCUCUGCUGGUAAUUACCAAACUGAUUCAACCUCACAAAACCCUUUUGCAACAUCAAUCACAGGUAGGAGUGAUAACAUCGUUUCUCAAACUAUUGAACGAGAUGUUGUACCAUUGGCAAAUAGAGACCUCAACAGAGAGCCAACUAUUGAUAAUCAGCAGGAGAAGCAAUUUGAAAACGUGAAAACUUCAACACCAACUCAUUCAAAAUUGGAGAAGACGUCUAAUGUCUCCACGCUUGGUCGCAAGUUUGCUGAAUCAGUGUCUGAGCGUGAUCAAUCUUCUCCGCCAACUAUGAAAACCACUCCGAUAAAAAAGGGUAACAUAAUGGAUAGAGUGAAGCAAUUCGAGCGUUCACCUGAAGAACAAGCUAAAUCAACUACGCCAAGAUUCCAAAGGUCACCAAGGUCUUUUGAGUCAACCGAUGAAAGUGAUGAACCAAGAAGACUUGCGGAUCCAUUCACUUCUAAGUUGCAAAGUGGGCUCGAAGGGUCAGCACUGUCUAACAGAGCCGGCAACGAUGAAAGUGAGACCCCGCUUGCUGGAAGAGGUAGGGGAAUUUUGCAGUCCUUCAAGGAUAGGUUCAAUACAGACUCAAAUACAAACAGUGGUAAUCUGAAUUCAAAACAGGGGAAUCACUCCAAAAGGAUUGAUGAAGAUUCAACUCGUGAAGUGGAACGUGAUAGAGAAUUACAAAGCAAAGAUGUUCUCUUUACAGAAACAGCAAGAAGAAUUGGCGAAUUUGCUCCUAUUAAUCAUUCAUUUGAGGAUAGUGACAAGCCACCUGUCGAUAAUGAACCAGGAGUUCGUGUAAAAAUUAGCUCUCCUAAAUUAGCUCGCGAAUCAAGCUCACUGGAAGAAUCUGAUGAUGAUGAUGAUGAUGAUGAUGAUGCUGAUGCUGAGUAUGAAAAUAAAAAGGAUACCGAAUCAGAAGCAAGACAAAGACAAGAGUAUCGUAAAUCAAUGGCUGCUGCGACAUUCAAUGUUAACUUGUUUGAUAUUGAUGAUCCAGAUAAUACUUUAACUCAAGUCUUGCUUUAUCUUGAACAUCAAACUGUCGAAGUUAUCAAUACCAUUCAAUCAUUACUUGGUGCAAUCAAGAAACCUAAUGCAACUAGAGGUGAUUUAUGUCAAAAAUCAAAAGCGAUUACAGUUGUCAUUUCACAAAUGUGUGAAGCUACAAAUACAUCAAUGAAUCAAACUCGUAAUGCUCAAUUGAAAGAGCAUGGAAGUUGGGUAGUUAAAUCUUUGGAAGAUUGUUAUCAUCGAAUGGAUAUCUUGUGUAAACCAACACAAGAUUCAAAUGAAGGUCAAUUUGCUGAUAAGAAUUUCAGACAAAGAUUGGCCGGAAUUUCAUUUGAUAUUGCUAAAUGUACUAAAGAAUUGGUCAAGACUGUUGAAGAAGCCAGUCUUAAAGAAGAUAUUGCUUACCUUGAUGCUAGACUUAGUCAUAAUGACGAAGAUUUAACUUAG